AUGUCCCUUUCGGAAGAAUCGAUAAAACACGGACGAGAUUACGUUCAAUCUUUACUAGAAAAUCAAUGUCGAAUACCAAUUCGUUCAACUACACCGAUUAAUUUUUAUUAUAAAACAUCCGAUAAUUUAAUAGAUGAAGCGGAUUAUCAUUAUCGAAAUCAAUUAUAUGAACAAAGCUUUAUUCUCUAUUCACGAUACAUAACAUUAUUUGUUGAAGAACUUAAAUUGCACCACCCUAGUUACGCAACUGUUUCUGUAAACGAUCGUGAACGUGUGAAAGAGAUAAUUCGGUCGAAAGCUUUUCCACGUGCUGAAGAAUUAAAAUUGAAGUUGCAAGAUAAAUACGCACGUGAACACGAAGCACAAUUGAAAGCAGCUCAAGAAGAAGAAAAUGCCAAAGCGCUGGCGGCUGCAGCAGCAGUAGCAGCAAGUAAACCAACGACGAAUAUUCAUAAUGAAAAUCAACAAGCAUUCCAACAAUUGAAAGCAAAUUUUACUCCUACACAACCAGCACACGUCGCUUUAUUUGCUAUUCCAGCUACUGAUAGAAAUCUAUUGGAAAACAGCAAGGAACCUACAAAGCCAACAUAUGAUCGCGCACAAAAGCCGAUCUUGAACUCGACAAACUCAAGUAUGGCAAUCUUUCGUCGAAUUGUAGUACCGAAUGAUAUCACACAUAAAUUUCUUCAAGUUGCACUGCGAAACACAGAACGGAAAAUUGAAACCUGUGGUAUUCUUGCAGGCAGCAAAAAAGACAAUCAAUACAUUAUCACACAUAUUGUGGUACCAAAACAAAACGGCGGACCAGAUUCAUGUGAUACAGAGAAAGAAGAAGAAAUGGUUGAGUACAUCGCUAGUAAUGACUUAAUCACGCUUGGCUGGAUUCAUACCCAUCCCACCCAGACUGUGUUCUUAUCCAGCGUGGAUCUUCAUACACAUUUACCUUAUCAAAUGUUAAUGCAAGAAGCAGUUGCUAUUGUCAUUAGUCCAAAAUACAACGAAACUGCUAUAUUUUCUCUUACACCCGAGACGGGUAUACCGGUGAUUUCAACUUGUAAAAAAACCGGCUUUCAUGAACAUGUCAACAAUCCUCCAUUGUUCCUACCUGCAACUCAUACAAUGUAUGAUCCCGGUCUUCAAUGUAAAAUAGUUGACCUACGCGCUUAA